UGCAUCUUCUCGUCUCAUUUUCAGUUUGUCAUCCUCACAACCAAACUCUCAGUCUACAUCAAGCUGGUCAAGUAUCUUUUCAAAAAUACGUCAUCCACAAAAGUAUUUACAAGCUGAUAGAAUUCUGAAAUGGGCGAGUCAGCCAUCAUUGGAGAUGAUUCUGCUAAACAUUUCGGUACCGUGGACUACCUGGUGUUUACCUUAAUGCUCGCCGUAUCUGCCGGAAUUGGGAUAUUUUACGGCUGUUUCGGCAAUCGGCAGACAACGAAGGAUUUCUUAAUGGGAGGUAGAAACAUGGGAAUUGUUCCGGUUACCUUGUCCCUCUUGGCGACUUUCUUCUCUGCCAUUGCGUUGCUCUCCGUUCCUGCAGAAAUUUAUUUAAAUGGCACUAUAUACAUCAUGAUUGCACCAGCACACUUUGCCGUUAUGGGGGUCUCAGCGUAUCUGUAUUUACCUGUGUUUUAUAACCUCCAAUUGACCUCGACAUAUGAGUAUUUGGAGUUGCGAUUUUCGAAACCUGUCAGAAUUCUGGCUUCGUUCGUCUUCACAGUGCAAAUGGUGCUGUACCAGUCUGUCGUUAUCUACGCCCCAGCACUUGCCCUUAGUCAAGUUACCGGGCUGCAUCUUUACGGCUGUGUGACAGCGUUGUUUGCCAUUGUCAUCUUCUAUACGGCAUUGGGAGGAAUAAAAUCUGUCAUGUGGACUGACGUGGUGCAAAUUAUUGUAAUGUUUGGUGCCAUGAUUGUCGUCCUGGUGAAAGGUGGGAUAGACUUGGGUGGAUUUGGGAACAUUUGGAAUAUCGCUGUCGACGGGGGACACGUCAAAUAUUUCGACUUUGAUCCCGAUCCGAGGACUCGGCAAACCACGUGGACCUUAUGGAUCGGGGCGUUUUUCAUGUGGCUGGCAAUUUAUGGAGUCAAUCAAGCACAAGUUCAACGAUAUUUGACCCUCCCAACUAUACGACAAGCGAAAAUGGCCAUCUGGCUAAAUGGUCUUGGUCGUUUUGUCCUAUUAAUUCUCAAUGUUUUGACGGGGUUGGUACUUUAUGCCAAGUACUCGAAAUGUGACCCACUCAUGUCAAAGCGAAUCAGGACAACGGAUCAGAUACUCCCGAUAUUCGUGAUGGAUUCGUUAGGCGAUUUUAAAGGUUUUCCAGGAUUAUUCGUGGCAGGCAUAUUUUCAGGAGCGUUGAGCACUGUGUCCAGCGGACUCAACAGCUUGGCCUCCAUAACUCUUGAAGAUUACGUGAAAUACUUUUACCCCGACAUAAGUGACCACAGAGCGACGAAUAUUUCCAAGUUUUCAUCCGUAAUGUACGGACUACUUUCUUUUGGCCUAGUUUUUAUUGCGGAAAGAUUAGGCGGGAUUUUCGACGUUUCGUUCAGCAUUUUUGGAAUGGUGGGAGGCACGCUGUUAGGGGUGUUCAGUUUAGGAAUGUUUGUUCCCUGGUGUAAUUCCAAGGGUGCAUUUUGGGGCACUCUUACGUCUCUCGUAUUCAUGUUGUGGUUGGGGAUUGGGACGUCGAUGGCGAAAAGUGGGAUUCGUCCAGCGUCGAAAUUAACGUUAAGUGUCGAAGGAUGUUCCAAUUUUACUGCGCCUCGAUCUAAUUUUCUCAAUCAAGCUGGCCAAAGCGAUGAAAUAUCCGAAUUUUACAAAAUAUCCUACUAUUGGUACGCAUUGAUUGGAUGCUGUUUAAACAUGAUGGUUGGAACAGUGGUCAGUUUCCUCACUGGCAAACAGGACCCUCGAGACCUGAAUCCACAGCUUAUCAGUCCGCCUUGCGAUCAAUUUGUCAACAAAUUUGUUCCGUUGCACAUACGGCAAAAAAUAUGCUGGGAUUUGGGAGUGCACAUCGAUGGAGAUAAUUCUAAAAAUCAGAAAUAUGCUGGAAAUCAUGAACUUGGUGCAAUUAACGGAAAAAGUUAACCAGCAGUAAUAAAUAAAUUUUUAAGCAAAAUAAAUGACACUUUUUAUGUAAUUCCUUAAAUCAACGAAA